CUAUAGCAGGGGGACGGUUUUCUCAGGUGGAGCCAAUUUUAAAAGGUAUCAAGACCCCACGUUGAAUGGAGAAAUCUUCAAGAGAAGACGAUGUGAUCGUAAUGCUGCCGGCCAUAGACCUGGGUCUGGCCGUGGCGGGAGUCCGCAUGGUCCAUGAUGCCUGCGAUGCACUACUUGACAAACUUUACCAAUUGACUGAAAAAGAUUGCGAGCGGGCAUUGGAAACAACAUUGAAAAACAGCGCAAAGAUGAUUGGGAGCCUGUAUGAUGGUCUGAAGGGGAUUGAAGACCACAUGCGUGCGGAGUACAUCCAGGAAAUUGCGUUGGAUGAUGUGCGAGAGGGAAUGAUCCCUGAGGGUUCCAGCGAAACACAGGUGGGCAAAAGAGGAUCCACGACUAAACUUACUGGCGCCGAACCCUUGUACAUGUUUGUAAAUGAAAGUGUGGAUCUUGAACGGGGUGACGGCUUGCUCCUGAGCACAGAAGGUGGGGAGGGACAGUGGGCCCCCCAGGGAGGGUUGCUGGAGGUGCUCAAGGACUUAGAAGCCGCGUGCGUGGACUUUUCAAAGGAGGAGAUAGAGGACCUCGCGGAGGUGUUGCUGUUCUGUGCACGCAUGACUGUAGAGUGCGGUGAAGGCCUGGCGCGCCGGUCCUUGCGAUUGCUGGAAAAGGAUCUGGACCUGGAGGGGGCAAGCAGGGAGGAGCCUGCGCAGCUCGUUGUGGAAGAGGCGACGGCGGAGGAGAUUGCUGCCUUGUAUCGAAGUCGGGGAGAGAAUGCAUCUGCGGCAUCGUACACGGAAAUGGCGAGCGAGUCGAGCAGGCUGGCGUCCGCGUCAUCUCGCUCCGGACUACCAGCUCCUCCCCCCCGCGCGGGUAGGUAUCGCCGUAGGCAGGGGCCACCUUCUCGCUUGUUGUGGCACCCGUUGGGACCCCUUUUAUUCCAUUUUCUGGUAUCCGCACCGGAGUAUUUUCGCUCCCACCCAUUGAAGGCCACCGGGUCCCUCGCUGCCUUCCUCCCUGUCAGCGGCGUCCUUGUCUUUUGCCUGCCUGGAGUGCUCAUCACGGACGCGGCGGCCCAGGCGAUUUAUAGGAGGGUGGGACCAGGAUUAGAAGUGUGGGUGCAUGACGGCAAGGAAGUGGUACGUUUGACAUGGAUGGUAACUCGUUUGUCCGUGAGACAAACGUAUCGGUUUUGGAGGAAGCAGGUGAAAAGGGCGGGGCUGGACCCAAUUAUGGCCGUCAACGGCGUCGUAGGAGCUUUGUACGAGGUCGUCACUCAUCCUGUUGAGAGUGCGAUAACUAUGAUUGUUACGGCGAAAGCGACCGUCUCUGCUCUUCAGCAAGUGGUACGCUGGGCAUACUCUCAAGCCACGGAGAAAUAAAAACAUUAGACAGGAGACUUUGAAAGGAGUGAUUUGAGAAAGGAGAUGAUUCGUGCCAAGUUGCAAUUUUUGUAUUUUCGUAGAUGAACUGUGAUGUUUUAUUAGUUAAUGAUGUAUUAUAAGUACGAUGGUCG